AUGUCUAGUCCUGGAGGAACUGCGAAGAGGAAAAGGAAUAGGAUUCCCUUAAGUUGUACAAUAUGCCGAAAACGAAAGGUGAGGUGUGAUAAGACAAAACCACAUUGUACGCAGUGUGUUAAGACAGGGGUGGUACAUUUAUGUCAUUAUAUGGAACAAUCAUGGGCAGGUGAGGCAGAAAAGGAGUUAUCUAAAGAUGCGGUUAUAAAACAACUCCAAGAUCGGGUGAAGUAUUUGGAAAAAAUGUUCUCUAUUAUGCAUAAAGAUGGGACAGUGGAUAUGGAUAUCGGAGGUAUAGAUAUUGGAGGUGAUACAAAUAUGUCUGAUAAUUUGGAGGAGAAGCGAAGUGGGUUAAAUCAACAGUCGCCCAGAUUAUCAUUCGAAACUGAGAAAAACAGAUACGAUGAUGAUGAAUUAGAUUUAACUAGGCAGUUUGAUAUGCUACAUUUAAAAACUAAUGGGACAGUACAUCUAGGUGCUACUCACUGGUUGGCGAUUAUGAAGGGGGAUCCUUACUUGAGGCUUCUGUGGGGUCACUUAUUUGCUGUUAGGGAGAAGCUAAUAGAAUGGCGUUCUCACAAUAAACAUACUUCACGUAGUAUUGGUACCUAUUUAUCCUCAGAAAAGUCGUUAGCUUCCCUUGCUAAUAUACGUCGAUCAACUCCGACGCCUGAUAAACCAAAAGAGAAGUGCUCGGAUGUCAGGACGUGUUUACAGCCUGUAUGUCCCAUAGCUCAACACGGUAAAGGAGCUAAAAAACAAGAACGAGAGGAUAUUCAAGGCAGAUGUCCAAUAUCUGGUGCUUCAGGCAGCAAUCCAUCACUAGCACUGCCAUCCUUUCAAGAUUUUGCGGCUAGAUGUCCUUCAGUGCAGAAUAUUCCACCUGUUGCACGGUCAUCACCAGAUUUAAAGAGUAGAAUAGAGGGAACAUACAUGAGUCAUGCGGAGGCUACAAAAAUUCUUGCCGAGUUAUUGCCUCCAAAGAGGAUUAUCAAUAUGUUCCUUGACAGAUUUUUCAAAUAUCUAUACCCUGCAAUAUCUAUUUUAGAUGAACCAGCACUUAGAAAUGAAGUCAAUCAAAUUAUUCUAGAUUCGAAAGAUAAAGUGGUAAUAAAGGUGUCAAAACCAACAGACUAUUGUACUUUAGGUAUCCUUACACUGAUCUUGAGGUUAACGUGGUUAUCGCUUCCGCAGAAUUCAUGUACCAUAGAGCUAGGGUCUCAGUGUUCUCAAUUCAUAAUGCCUGAAGCUACAAUGUCAUCUAAUGUGCAAGCAAAGGAUGAUCCCAUUCUAAUAAAAUAUGAAACAAUCUUAGACGCGAUUACUUUGAUCCGUAAGCAUUUGAUACAUUUUGAUGAAUUGAGCAGUUUCUCAAACACAAACGUGAACCUAGCAACUGUCCAGUUUGCUAUCAUUUAUAAGAUAUUCCUGCUAUGUUUCCCUGAGAGUAUACAAGAACCAAAUCACUCAUCAUUUGCAACAGCAGGUCAAGAUAAUGAGACACAUCAGAUUUUAUUAUCAAGCAUUGUCCAAAUGGCUUUUAGUUAUGGUUUACAUCGGGAUCCAGAUAAUUUUCCACAACUCAAUAAUCACUUUGUGAAUGGGAAACUAAAUAAAGAUGCAAUGGCAAGUACUGAAAGACUAAAGCAUACUUGGAGAAAGAUUUGGUUCUUUAUCGUUUCAUUGGAUGUGAACCAGUCAUUGUAUUUGGGUUCACCAAGACUGCUCAGGAACUUAAAUGACUUCUCAGAUACCAAACUUCCCUCCUCUUCGAAGAUAGACUACGUGAAAGACAUUAAGGAGCUCAUUGUUGUAAAGAACUUCACGCUUUUUUUUCAAAUAGACAUGUGCAUUAUUUCGGUUUUGAAUCAUAUACUAAACGUUUCUUUGGCAAAAUCUGUCAAGAAAUAUCAACUAGAUUCUUUAAUCUCGUUAUUGAGAGACCUCUGUGAAGGUAAAAGAUCCAUAAAUGAUGUUCUAACUGGACUAAUUAAUAAGGGUUUAUUGUCAAAAGCUGAAGGUACUUGUCAGCUGUUUACCGACGAUAUUUAUACCUUGCCAACUAUGGAACAAAUACUCUACCCUACACGGAGUUUUGAUACGGAAAAGGAUAAAAAUUAUUUACUACCUCAUGAAAUGACAACUAACGCUCUAUUUUUUUCGAAACAUAUUAUGCUGAGAAUGUUGUUGUUCCUGCUAAAUUAUAUCCUAUUUACGCAGUACGAACCAAAGGGGAAUGAAGAUCCAGGAGUCCGACCUUUGGCUCGUAAAUACGCCCAAGAGGCAAUGGAUUUUGCGAUGGAUGGCUAUUGUAAUUCCCUUCUAUUCUUUAACAGUACUAAAAGUGGUGGAGGCUCUGUUUUAUCCAUUUUUAGUUAUAUGGAAGUGUUGUUGACUCCAGUAUGUUUGGAUAUGGGGCAUCGUGCAUUACAGUUCAUGGUUUGCUUGGUACUACGUGCUGAAUGUGGUCCCUUGGAUGGUGUAAGUGAAUCGCCAAUUGUUGGGAAUAUUGCCAGUUCCAGCGAUGAUGAUGAAUCUAGUAGUAGUGAAGAUAAGAAUUUUGCAAAGGAAAACUCUUCGGAUGUGCAAGAUGACGUUACGAAACCUAUUAGACUUGAUGCUGUAGAGCAGCUUGCUGAUAUUUUGAUGAAUAGAAUGGUCUUGUUUUACAAACUAACUAAACAGAUAUCUUCUAAAUAUUUACAUGCUACCAGAAUGGCGAAAUCAACCGGGUUUUUUAUUACGUUACUCACAAAACCAUCUCAAGAACAUAAAAAAAAGCCUCUAGAUAAAAACAAUUUGCCCCGUCUCCAUGAUUUAGGAAUUUCAAGCAUUACCGGUUUUUUUAAAAAUGUUCCAUCUUUAGUACUUUCAGCUGGAGGUGAAUCUUUACGAAGGUGUCCAGUUUAUCAGGAUGCAAUUGGUGUAUUAUUGCCCAGGAAGAUGUCUAAUACAAACCACACAGUAUGCCAACCAAUGCCCACAACCUCUGUUACCUCUGGAGUCGGUGCUGAAUUCUCAUUGCCUCCAAUUAAGGCUUACCAGCCCAUAACUUACACCAGCAAUGAUCUACGUAAAACUUCUGCUAUCAGAGGCAAGCCGAAUAAAAAACGUAAGGUUGCAGGAGCUGACCCCCAUUCAACCUCGCCAAUAAAAGUCCUGCAAAAAUCAACCUCACCAUCGAAUUAUAGUUCUCCUGAAGUGGGAAAUAAUACCUCAUUACCCCCACCUUCGUCGCAAUUAGCAUCGGGGAGUGCUACUUUUAACAUGAUAUCUCCCUCCCAAAGUUCUUCUGCAAAGUUAGUGGAUGUUGAGGAAAAACGAUCUUUCUUUGCUAAUUAUCAACCACCAACGAAGAUUCCUGAAUGUUCAUCAUCAACAGCGGACUAUAAUCCAGAUUUUGAGGAUUUCUUAAUGCAAAGUUCCAACUUUAACGGUCUGAUGAUAAACCCAUCGAGCAUUAUUGAAGCCGUUGGUUUCGACCACUAUGGGGCCAAUCCAGAUCCUAGCAAUAUGCUAAAUACAGAUCUGUUGCCAAUUGAUGAUAUAGGAAUUAUUGAUAUGCAGCAAAACAACGAUUUUGCGGCUUAUCUGUGA